UUCUCUCAACUGUGUCGGAUCCGGGUCAAAUCCGGGUCGGGUCAGAUCGGGUCGGGUCUCUUAUAAGAAGAGGAAAACCACUCACUCACUCUCUCUCUUUCACCCCCACGCACUCUUCUUUUUCUCUCUCUGACACAUAUCUUUUUCUCUCUCUAUCUAACCAUUUCUUUCUCUCUUUUCUGUUUUUGAAAGCCAAAGUGUCUCUCUUGGACAGUGAUGGAACUGCUUCAAGAGAUUUAAUUUACUUACCCACGAGAGAAGCCAAGCCAAGUUGAAGAGGAAAGAUUUGUUCUUUUGUCUUGUUUCUUUCAUUUCUCUUCACAAAGAUCUCAAAGAGAAGAACUUUUCAUUUGGGUUUGCUUUCUCAAUGCGUACUUGUACUAGUAGAGCUUGUGUUGUUGUUCAUGGUUUGAUGAUGAGAAGAAACAGAUUCUUGAUUUGAAGAAAUGGGGUUUGUUCUGUUUCUUGUGUUUAAGGGUUUUAUGGAUGGUUUGAUUCAAAGCUUUCACUGAGUCUUAUGGUGAGUGAGGAUUUUUGGGGUUUGAACAAAGGAGAUGGAGAAAGACGAGUUUGUACUUCCGGAGCUAAAGAGUUAUAGCUACUGUAGUAGCUGGAAGUGAAGAUUAAUUUUAUAGUUUGUACGGAAAAUUAGGGUUUUCAAAAGUUUGGUUUUCAAAUCAUGAAGCUGUCAACAUCUGGAUUGGGUCAACAGGGUCAUGAAGGAGAGAAGUGUCUGAAUUCUGAGCUAUGGCAUGCUUGUGCUGGACCAUUAGUCUCUCUUCCAUCAUCUGGUAGUCGAGUUGUUUACUUUCCACAGGGUCACAGUGAACAGGUAGCUGCUACAACUAAUAAGGAAGUUGAUGGUCACAUACCCAAUUACCCAAGCCUACCACCACAAUUGAUAUGCCAGCUCCAUAAUGUUACAAUGCAUGCAGAUGUCGAGACGGAUGAAGUCUAUGCUCAAAUGACACUUCAGCCAUUGACACCGGAGGAGCAGAAGGAAACAUUUGUACCGAUUGAGUUGGGGAUCCCGAGCAAGCAACCUAGCAAUUAUUUCUGUAAGACUCUCACAGCUAGUGAUACUAGUACACAUGGAGGGUUUUCUGUUCCUAGACGUGCUGCUGAGAAAGUUUUUCCUCCAUUGGAUUACACACUGCAGCCACCAGCUCAAGAACUGAUUGCAAGGGAUCUCCAUGAUGUUGAAUGGAAGUUUAGGCAUAUCUUUCGGGGACAGCCCAAACGGCAUCUCCUAACUACUGGAUGGAGUGUCUUUGUCAGUGCUAAGCGACUAGUAGCUGGAGAUUCUGUCAUUUUCAUCAGGAAUGAAAAGAAUCAACUCUUUUUGGGAAUACGUCAUGCCACUCGGCCACAGACUAUUGUACCAUCAUCUGUUUUAUCUAGUGAUAGCAUGCAUAUUGGACUCCUUGCUGCUGCUGCACAUGCUUCUGCAACUAAUAGCUGUUUCACUGUUUUCUUUCAUCCAAGGGCUAGCCAAUCUGAGUUUGUGAUACAACUUUCCAAGUACAUUAAAGCCGUUUUUCACACGCGUAUUUCAGUUGGGAUGCGCUUUCGCAUGCUCUUCGAGACAGAAGAGUCGAGUGUCCGCAGGUACAUGGGUACUAUAACUGGUAUCAGUGAUCUAGAUUCUGUUCGUUGGCCAAACUCUCAUUGGCGGUCUGUCAAGGUUGGCUGGGAUGAAUCGACUGCAGGGGAGAGACAGCCAAGGGUUUCUUUAUGGGAGAUUGAGCCUCUUACUACCUUUCCUAUGUAUCCAUCUCUGUUUCCUCUCAGACUAAAACGUCCAUGGCAUGCUGGCACAUCAUCAUUACCUGAUGGAAGGGGUGAUUUAGGAAGUGGUCUAACAUGGCUAAGAGGAGGAGGUGGAGAGCAGCAAGGUUUGCUUCCUCUAAAUUAUCCAUCUGUUGGUUUGUUUCCAUGGAUGCAACAAAGGCUGGAUCUCACUCAAAUGGGGACUGAUAAUAAUCAGCAAUACCAAGCAAUGUUAGCUGCUGGAUUGCAGAACAUCGGCGGUGGAGAUCCUCUUAGACAACAGUUUGUCCAGCUGCAAGAGCCUCACCAACAAUAUCUUCAACAGUCAGCUUCCCAUAAUCCUGAUUUGAUGCUUCAGCAGCAGCAGCAUCAACAAGCGCGCCAUCUCAUGCAUGCUCAAUCCCAGAUUAUGAGUGAGAAUCUUCCGCAGCAGAAUAUGCGACAAGAAGUUAGUAACCAACCAGCUGGACAGCAGCAGCUACAGCAAGCGGACCAAAAUGCAUAUCUUAAUGCUUUCAAAAUGCAAAAUGGCCAUCUUCAACAGUGGCAGCAUUCGGAGAUGCCGUCACCUUCAUUCAUGAAGUCAGAUUUUCCUGACUCAAGCAACAAAUUUGCAACAACUGCUAGUCCAAUGCAACAGAACUCUGCCUCUCCGGCUUCUGGAGAUGGCAGCAAUCUUUUGAAUUUUUCUAUAACCGGUCAGUCUGUACUGCCUGAGCAGUUAACAACAGAAGGUUGGUCUCCAAAAGCAUCCAACACUUUUUCUGAACCGUUGUCACUUCCACAAGCCUAUCCUGGGAAAAGUCUUGCUCUAGAACCUGGAAAUCCCUCUCUUUUUGGUGUUGAUCCUGACUCUGGACUCUUCCUCCCCAGUACGGUUCCUCGCUUUGCUUCCUCAUCAGGAGAUGCUGAAGCUUCCCCUAUGUCACUAACAGAUUCAGGAUUUCAGAAUUCCUUAUUUGGCUGCAUGCAAGACACUCAUGAGUUAUUGCAUGGAGCUGGACAGAUUAACCCGUCCACCCAAACCAAGAACUUUGUAAAGGUUUAUAAAUCUGGUUCGGUUGGGCGUUCACUAGACAUCUCCCGAUUCAGCAGCUAUCACGAGCUGCGAGAAGAGUUAGGGAAGAUGUUUGCUAUCGAAGGGUUGUUGGAAGACCCCCUUAGAUCAGGCUGGCAGCUUGUAUUCGUUGACAAGGAAAAUGAUAUUCUUCUCCUUGGCGAUGACCCGUGGGAGUCAUUUGUGAAUAACGUUUGGUACAUAAAGAUACUAUCGCCGGAAGAUGUGCAGCAAAUGGGAGAUCAUGGUGAAGGCAGUGGUGGGUCAUUCCCGCAAAACCCGACCCAUCUCUAGAAGCUGUUUGGGUGUAGAUCCUAUAUCCUGCUACAUUGCGGGAGCCUUUGUUUUCGUUUGAAGACACUUCCACUGAUCUUUAUAUGCCAUUCGUUCGCAUCUCUCUCAUUUUGACGUUUUUAGAAAGAAACAUAAUCAUAUUUGUGAAGUAUGGGUCCUGAAACUUUUGGGCGUACUUUAGCUUGUAUUAGACAGACACUCUCGUCAUAAACAUAAGAACCUUUAUUAGUUGUCUCAGGUAACUAAACUUUUCUAGUAUUUUGUUC